UCAAUGGAUCGAGCGGUAUGGGUACAUGGAUUUCCGACAGGAAGAAUAAGCUGAAGCAGAAAUUACUGUCCCCAUACUACCGUUUAAGGCUAAAGAAAGGGAUGGAGAGAAGCCCUCCGGCUACAUUACUGUAUGUAACCUUGAGGGUUUUUAAUGAGAAGAACGUGGGCGAAAACGCAGACCUCAUUUUGCCCAGCGCCAGCAGGGUCCGGUCAGACCCACAGAGCAAUUAAGACAGGCAACGCAAUUAAGGCAACGCCUGCGCGCAGCUAUUUAAAGGGCAACACAGAGCCUUCUUACGCAAUGAACCAAAGCCACCUCCUGAAACAGAAGGCCCUGCACCUUCUUAAAAGAGUGACAGAAGCACUGAGUGGCAGUAUCUGGCCUCCAUUCUUUCCCCCGACUAAGGGUCUGCAGCGGCCGGGUCUGCGGCGGCCGGGUCUGCGGUGCCUGGGUUUGUGGUGUGUGGGUCUGCGGCGCCUGGGUUUGUGGUGUGUGGGUCUGCGGCGGCCGGGUCUGCGGCAGCCGGGUCUGCGGCGGCCGGGUCUGCGGCAGCCGGGUCUGCGGCGGCCGGGUCUGCGGCGCGUGGGUCUGCGGCAGCCGGGUCUGCGGCACCUGGGUUUGUGGUGUGUGGGUCUGCGGCGGCCGGGUCUGCGGCUGCCGGGUCUGCGGCACCUGGGUCCAGAAUCCCCCUCACUCUCUCUACCAAUCACACUGCAGCUUCCUGCUCUCCACCUCCUCCAGCUCCUGUCUGCACUGCUGAACCUGAGAAACAUGGGAAAAGGAGUGAACACCUGGCACCUUUCAAACACACUGCGGGGAUCAGGGAAUACUCAGCGCAAACCAACCAACCAGCCAGCCAUCUCAGCCUCUCCCAGCAUAACUCCGCAGCUGUGAGGGCUGUAAGAUGGCUGCUGUGGAGCCACACAGGGUGGCACCCCAUCUCACCGUACAGAACUGCACGGUCUUUGGAGCAUGCUGUAUACAAUAUCACAAUGACAGUGAUGAUGUGGAAAAGCACAUCUAAACACACCAACAUUACACACCAACACAGCUGGUAUUCUGGAGGCAGCGGUAGACACAGCUGAGUGUGAGCGGCUCGGGGGGGGGGUGGUCUGCUCUUCGCAGGGGCUGUGGUUUCACAGCAACAAUAGCAGCUUUGUCAACAGGCAGGAAAGUCCUUUAUGAGAGAAAAAAAUUUCUGGGGCAGACAGAACACUUGAGAUUCUUGUGAAAGACCCAGGUCUGGUGACACAGUGGCAAUUACUGUGACGCUGCAUUCCUGACACACGGCCGAGAGAGCAGCCUGCAGGCUGAGACGUCACACAGGCAUUAUCACUAAAUGACAUGAACACUAGCAAAAUCCUGCUUGCCUGAAGGACAGCCAUAAAAACUGACAUAACAGCAUUCAAACAGAACAACCUGAAUAGUUUAACAUCCUGUGGAUCCUCUUUAAACUCACAUCGCUGCACAAAUCAAGUGAGACAGCCCUGCUCAGGUGUAAAAAAAAGCUGCUCAGGUGAAAAGCUGCUCAGGUAAAAAGCUGCUCAGGUGAAGCAGCCCUGCUGAGAGAGCAUGCACCUCUAUGUAGGACGUAACAGUGGUGCAACAGUGUGGGGUAAAGGUGCAGGUAUGGGCUGGCGAGCAGAGGGUUUAUUUGAGGCGUGUGUGGGA